ACGGCAGCAGCAAACAUUGAAAUUGUUCUCUUCACCUUCUGCCACCGACCUACCGCUUCCCAGAUUGACUGGUUCCUUCUUUUCGAUCUCUUGCAUUUAGGGCGUGGAAUUGGGGCUCAGUGUCCCGCUUUUUGCUGAUCAGUUGCCAUCUCGUCUUGCACCAGCCUGCACCACAUAGCACCAGCCUGCACCGCCGACUUGCAGCCUAGGCCGUCGCUCGUUCCGUCUGGUUUUACCCCACGCGUUGCUGACUUCUCUCAUCUAAUCAUUAUUUUUCUCGCUGCAACUUGCUUCCUUGAUCAUACCUAUUUUAAUGAUUUGAAUAUGAUGGCUGACACCGAGGAGCCUCAAUUUAAUUCCCUGGCCGAGAGGAUUGCCGCGCUGAACCAGCAACGCAACUUCACUGCUCCCACCAAGCGGCCACCGCCACCUCCCCCGCCAAACAGGCCACCAUCAAAACCCCCCAGCCAGAUCAACUCUCCCAGCUUGAACACUGCCUCGCCAACCGAGAACACGACACCGGUGGUUCCAGCAAGGCCCACGAAAAGGGCACCGCCUGCCCUACCACAGAGGAGCAACACCGAACCACAAAAUGGGAACUCCCCCCCCCGCAGCCUCGCUCCCCAGCGACGGCCAUCUGAUCAGAUAUCACCCGCCCUGCCCCCCAGGAGGCCCUCAACUCAGUCACUUGGCCCACGCCGCAACUCCAACGAGUCUGUGAAGUCUCAUUCCUCGAGUAUUUCUGCACUGUCCCUGGGCCAGACAACCAACCACUGGCAGAAUGACGGCCGCAAGCUGCCGCCUCCUCUGGAAGAGGCCAAUCUGCCCCCACUCCCGCCAACGAGACGUGAGAGGGAGGCAGCCAUGGCUAAGGAGGCCGAGGACGCCAGGGCAGCAAGCUCGGCAAAGAUUGCGAGGCCGCCGCUGCUCCCCAAACGAUCGAUGCCCGCCCUGCCUCAGGCAAGCAGUACUCCGAGACCGUCCCUGCCGCCUCGGCUCCCCAGCAGGCCGGCCAGGUCGCCCGGCCUCAACGGAGCAGACGCGUCUUCUCCUCCUGCGCAGCCCACCCGUCGUCUGCCCCCGCCUCCUGACAAGUUUAUCAGGACGAUCCCUGAGGUCAGUGGGGAUACGUCGGGAGGGACGCCAGCAGACCCUGUGAACGAUGCUCCCCCGCCGGUUCCUAUGGCGUCGCGGCCUAGUGCGGCGCAGAUUGAUGCGUCAGCGGCGAAUAGUGCGGCACAGCAGAGGAACUCAUGUCUUGUUUGUCGAGACUUUUCGGCGCCGGACAGCGUUGCAGCUCAGUAUCCGUCGUCGGUCGUGGAUCGUCGUGACCCAGUGGGCUACCUAGCCAGCGUACUGUGCGGACCUUUUCCUUCGCCCACAGACAAGGCUCGUGCAAUAUUCACCUGGUGUCAUCACAAUAUAGCAUAUGACGUCGAAGGUUUCUUUGGCGGUUGUAUCACGAGGGGUACAGCGAGCGAUACCAUUUUCUCGGGAAGGGCAGUCUGCGAGGGCUAUGCCCGUGUCUACGAGGCCAUUGCGAAGCGGGCUGGGCUGGAAUGUAUCGUGGUCGGGGGCCAUGGUAAAGGUUAUGGCUAUUCUCCUCUCAAGCAAGGGGAAAGGCCACCUCCACGCAAUGCCACAGGCCACGCUUGGAAUGCAGUCAGGAUCGACAACGGCUACUGGAAGCUCCUGGAUCCCUGCUGGGGAGCAGGGCAUCUCUCGGACCAGCGUUAUAAAAAGAGUUUCAGUCCACACGAGUUCAUAACCAGCAACGAGCAGUUCGGGAUGAAGCACUUUCCCGAAAACCCACAACACUUCUUUCGCGAUGACGGGCGCACCCCUACUUGGGAGGAGUACUACCUGGGUGGUUCGACAGGUGAACGCACUCAGUGGUUUGGCAACGCUACUGAAGAGGGGAUUAACGAGUGGCUGUCGUCGCCGGCGGACAAGAAGAUACCCGUCUACAGCGGUGAGGUUGUGAGGUUCCAGUUCGCCAAGGUGUGCGAGCACUGGACGAGCGAGAGACACGGACAAGGAAAGCCGAGACUCCUAAUGAUCAAAAUUCAUGGUGUGGAUGGGCGGAAAGAUGAUCUCGUUCCCUGUGAUAAUGAUGGUUUCUGGUGGUGGUGUGACAUACCAGCCAGGGACCUCGGAAGCCCUGGGCAAAGCAUCCAGCUCAUGUCCCUCUCGAAAUUCGGUGAUUCGGACGGCAGAGGAGUGACGAAGGCAGAAUUCUUGUCAAAGAAGGGCAGGAUCGGGAUGGGCUGGGAUAUAUUCGCCCAGUGGGAUCUGGUCUAAACACUGCAGGGCAAUCCGGCCUUGCACGGCUCAAUGCAUAUUUGGACACAGGGCGUGCUUGCACGUUGAGGUCUUGGGGGAUGGGGCUCUACAGCACUGACAGCCUUGCCGGUAGGAGAGAAUGGAGCGUUGGGGCAGCGGUGCAGGGAGCAACCCUAUACCUGGCAUACGCUUGACUGGAUGGCUACGAUGGAUCCCGACUGCUUUCAUCCCCGGAGCAUUGAAGAGCUGGCCGCCGAUGAAACCAACCUUCUGCUUGUGUCAUACGGCCGUCCAUGUUGCCACAUCGUGCCUGCCGGUCUGAAAUGAAUCAGUUGCCUGCUUCUUGUCCUCCUUUUGGAGGUUUCCGCUCUCCGCUGUUGUGGCUCACAGUUGACGGCGCAGGGCUUCCUUGUAGGCAGGUGCACCCAGUCAUGUCCCUAGCAUGAUGAGCUCCUAUAGGAUAAAUCACUGUUGCAAAUG